CUUGAAGGUUAAAACGGAAGUUACUGAUACCGGGAAACAAAUAAGAAAUGCGACGUAAUUUUUGAUUCUUAUCAAUACAUGGAAAACGUCUGCCCGUGAAUAUACUUCUCGGGGAGAAAAGCAAGGUUUAAAUUCUGAUAGAUAUUGAGGAUGAGCAGGUCAAAUCAGUCUCACGGAGUGUCUGAUGCGUUGAACCAAACUUACGGACGAUAUUCUUUGUCCCAAGAUGAGGCCUUUUAUGAAGCGAAUCCCAGCUCUCGUGGACGGGAUGGUAGAGUAGAACCUGCAAGGACCAGUUCGUACUCAAUGCGAAGCGGACAAGGAUCAAGCCAGUUGCAAGAGCAACUGCAGCGUCAGAGAUCGAAAGAAGCAAGCAAACAGAUGUUAAGCACAGUUUAUGGAAAUACGAUUUCAAUGCUUGAAGAAUUUGAAAGUAGGGAACAACAAGGUCGCCACCGGCUUCCAAAGUCCCAUAUUCCUACUCCUGACCAGUCGUGGAAAACCAACGAGGAUAUUCAGAGUGUGUUGGAAACGCAGCUCAUGUGUUUAGAAACUCAAAGAAAAUCCUGUCCAAAUGAUGCUCGCAACGAAUUGCUGGAUGAUCUAAAGAGGAAAACGAUACACUGGGCAUCUGUUCGUGAAGAAAACAAUUGUCCUAGGCAACAAACGGACAAGUAUGCCGCUAAGAUCUACGAGAUUCUGGACAAAGGGAAGACUGACCAUGCCUUUAAUCAUCGCCCAAGACCAGUCAUCACCGAGAGGACAAUUCGCGAAACAAUGCCGCACAUCAUGAGGGGAAAACAUGAUCAAAUGGAACUUGACAGACAAUUUCGAGACGAUAGAAACAGAAUGUCUAGAACUCCAGCAGUGAGACGUGCUACAGGACGCAAUGUUGUUAAAUUAGGGAGUUCCCGAAUCGGAAAAGAAAAUCCUCACCUGCAGUUCUCACUCGAUGCUCAAGACGACGGUUAUUUUGACAACAAAUAAUAAACAAUACCUGUCAUGGAAAAAAAAAACGUCUUUACGUUCUACAUUUUAAUUCUUUUUAUGUCUAAUUUGGUUUUAAGAGUGCGAGUGUAAAUAAGACAAACUAUUUGUAUUUUGAUGAACCAUACUACACGUUGAAGUUCACAAGGAGUUAUACUUUAAAUAAAAACAUAAUGCAUUGACGUCGUCCAGGUCUGUGCUAAAUACGACCUUUAUGGAUGUAUUUAUAGUUAAUUAGUGAUUGUAUUUAUGCUUGAAAUUUGCCGUCUGUUUUUACCUUUGGGCACCAUAAUAAUAAAAUAUACAUUUUU